CUUGAAAUUGACCAUUUCCAAGUAUCUGAACUAAGAGAAAACCAUUCAAGACUUUAUCUAGCAUUUUAAAAUUAAGUUUGUGAGCAUAACCCUGUUAAAGCUGAAACUUAAAAUCCAUCAUCACAUAAAAGACAUUUAAGUGAUGUUGAUAAUGUUUAGAAACAUUACUAACAAUUUAGAAUAUAUUAAUGACAUUCUAUAAUAGAAGGAGCAAUAGAAAAAUCUUUUGCUGAUGAUAAUAAACAAAGUUCUUAACCUGAAAUAUCGAUAUAUGAUCUUAAACAAGUAAUAAUCUAUUAUGAUUUAUAUGAACAUUUUCCAAUUCUAAAAUCAAAUACAAAUCCAUCUCUACAUUAUGCACAACCUGUGGAAAAAUAUUCAUUAAUAGAGAAUUCUUCAAAAUCAAAACUUAGAGUAUUAGAAUUUUUAUCAUUUGAUAAAAAAUCAAAACAAUAUAAACAAUCAGCAAUCUGACAUAAAACACAUUAUUUAUCAUGAUUAAUAUAGUAAGGUGAUUCACAAUUAAUUUAAGAAUUAAAUCCAAUAAAACCUCUACUUACACACAUUCCAUUAAUUAAAUUAGUGAAACCUGAACAUUUUAAACAGAUCAUUUAAGUAGUCAAAAUUAAGCAUUAUUAACAACUCCAUAAUGUACAUUUAUAACAAUUAUUAGGUGCUUAAGAUAUCAAACAUAUAGUUUAAAAUGAUUCAGU